UCACUGAGGAAACAAGGCUAGACACAGUGUAAGCAGCAGCGGCAGGAGCAACGGCUGUCUUCCUCUAACUCAGACGUGCUGUGCCUACUAGAGAGGGAGUCCUUCUAUCAACAAGCCAAUAGCUCCGACAGGAAUUUUUCAUUACACAGUUGUUAGGCAAGAAGGCAGGGAGGUGGGGGAAAGCUGAUGUCAUUAGCAGGGGUGUGCGAGUGCAUCAGCAGCCAUGUCACAUGCUGCUAGGUGGGUCAGUGAUGCGGACGGAGAUGCAUGGCAGUUGCACCGGGCACAGAGGCAGCAGAGGCAGAGCUGGCUGCAGUGGGCAGCAGGAGGAUGCUCUUCCCCAACUGUGGUGGCAUGCCUGAGUCCCAGGAUCUGCCAUCAUCCAGGGGCCAACAAAGUGUCACAGACCUGGGACUGGGCCUCCAGUCGCUUCGUUUGUCUGGCUGGGACAGACCCUGGAGCAACCAGGACACCGAUUCACACUCUUCUCCAUCCCAGGUCCAGACCAGCUCGCCCUCCAUGCUAGGUAUACUGAACAGCCCCUUCAGUAGCAUCCUUGGGAAGCCCCCAGGCUACCUGCCCCCUGAGUCCAUGAGCAUGACUGCUGACUUCCUGGAGAAGUUCCCCCGCACAGCGACUAGACUGGACUCCCAGUCUUUCCUGGACUCGCGCUCCAGCAGUCCUGAAGACUCGGAAACCAGUGGCUUCAGCUCUGGCUCGGACCACAUCUGUGACAUGCUGUCCACUCUGCGGAUCUCCCCUCCCCUGCCUUAUCUCACGUCAAACAUGCAGAAGGACAUGUUCCGACUGGGCUCCCGUCUGGACCCUCAGGACACCACCUCUCCUCUGACGCCUCCACCCAGUGCCAGCCCUGCCUCUGCGAUCACCCGUCGCUGGCGUUCUGGUUCUCCAUGGCCCGGUGCAGAUGUGCUCGACCAGUCGGAUGCAUUCAGCAUUGAAAGAGAGGCCCGUCUGCACCGGCAGGCUGCAGCUGUGAAUGAAGCCACAUUCACCUGGAGUGGUCAGCUCCCCCCCAGGAACAACAAGGAUCCCCUAUACUCCUGCAAGGUGUUUCUUGGCGGCGUGCCCUGGGAUAUUACUGAGGCUGGUCUGAUCAACACCUUCAGCGGUUAUGGCCCUCUGACUGUGGAGUGGCCAGGUAAGGAUGGAAAACACCCCCGCUGCCCCCCCAAAGGUAAUGUGGCCAAAGGUUAUGUUUACCUGGUGUUUGAGAAUGAGAAGUCAGUGAGGGCGUUGCUCCGUGCCUGCUCUCAGGACCCCUUUCACCCAGAGGAUAACCGAGAGUACUACUUCAAGAUGUCCAGUCGCAGAAUGCGAUGCAAGGAUGUGCAGGUAAUUCCAUGGGUGAUCUCUGACAGUAACUACGUUCGCUGCCCUGCCCAACGUCUGGACCCCAGCAAGACGGUGUUUGUGGGAGCGUUGCAUGGCAUGCUCAACGCUGAGGCUCUGGCUAGCAUCAUGAAUGACCUGUUUGGAGGUGUUAUGUAUGCUGGCAUUGACACCGACAAACACAAGUACCCCAUAGGCUCUGGACGUGUCACAUUCAACAAUCAGCACAGUUAUUUGAAGGCUGUGUGUGCCGCGUUUGUGGAGAUCAAAACCCCCAAGUUUACAAAAAAGGUCCAGAUCGACCCCUACCUGGAAGACUCAAUGUGUCAAGUUUGCCUUCGCCAACCUGGACCUUUCUUCUGCAGAGACCAGGCCUGCUUCAAGUAUUACUGCCGCUCCUGCUGGCACUGGCAACACUCCAUGGACAUCCUGAGCAACCACCGGCCCCUCAUGCGCAACCAGAAGAACAGAGAUUCGAGCUAGAGCUGAGGCAUCCGGACCUGCAGAAGGGCCAGAGGAGGAGCCCCAGCGUACGGGGCCACGCUGCCCGCCAAGGAGAGCACGAGUGCCAGACGUCCCUCAGUCUGAGGGCACCAUGGCACUGCACCAGGCACUGGGAUAUCACUGUAGAAAAUGUUCACUUUUUGCACUUGCUACAUUUUUGCUGUUCAGUGGCACUAUGCACAGUGACCUUGUUGGGAGAGACAAGGGGCCCUUCACACUUAUGCAUUUUCCCAGACUUGUGGCCAGACAGAAAGAUGGGAGUCAGCCUAAAGUUGAGUGGAUGAAAAUGCCUUUUCUUUUUUUUGUUUACAUGUGUUGCAUAGUGAAGAGCAAUCACGCAAGUCUCAUUGCCGUUCAUUGGCAAAUGCCAUACAGUGCCUUUACAUUUUUAUUUUCCCCUUCCCCGCCUCAGUUGGCAUCACUUAGGUUUUUUUUCUCCGUGCAAGCCAACUGGUGUUUCUUACUUUUGGGAGUUGAAUGUUGGGCUUCAUUUAACCAGUCGCAUUUCAGACAUUUUUACGCAGUUUUAUACUAAUUUGUACACAAACGGUUUUAAGUCAUGACAUGAAAAUUUUGAACAGAAUUCUACCAGGCGGCUGUUUAUGGGAAAACCCCCUUUUAGUUUCCUUUGACUCAUUCAUUGGUUUUCUGUGGCCAUUUACUUUUUAAUUUGCCCUCUCAAACUUCAGCUGAAUGGGCACAAAGUGUUGGAAGUACUACUUUAACUUUGUUGGUCCAGUUAUAUUAAGUGUGUAACAAUAGUACUGGAUACACUACAACUGGUUAUCAUCAUUUUAAAAUCAACUGUUGGAUCUUGUUGAGACUAGAGUGAAUCAAUGUUUAGAUUGUACAUAGUUAGAUUUUUUGCACUUUUUAAUUUGCACUUGUGGAGAGGUGGCAGUGGUUUUUAAUCACUUUUGUACAUCAGCAGGGGGACAUGCCUACGUUAGAACUGCUGCUUGUUUCCUGUUGAAUGUAAGAACUUCCACUUUGCUGAUAAAUUAAUCUAUCCAGAGCUUGAGUAGACCCCACUACACGAUUCCACGCUUUCUUACCCCGUUUUGCCUUCCUGUUCCGGUUGGACAUUAAUGCAUAAUAUAAUAAGCUGUGUGCCAAAGACAAAAUGUCUUCUUUAUCCAUUUGGUUUGUCAUGCUGAGCUUGUUGUCCCUUAGCCCAGCUGCUUUUUAGAGUUUUGAAAGUCUACCUCAUCGUGGUCUGCCAAGUUUGCUGCUACUUACAGUUGUGGAGUAUGUUCUGAUUGGGCACAAUAAAGGUGUUUAAGCAUUA